CCUGUGGAUCGCAGCCCGCUAGCGUUCGCAGGAGGCUGGCGCCCGCCCUACAGCCGAUCCACCCUGGGCUCCUGAGCAGGGGAGGGCCGGCCAGCACUGGGUGGAGUUUUCUUUUGUUGUGUUAUUUAUUUAAUGUGAUCUCUUACAGGUUUGACAAACCUUCAAGCAAAACAAAAACCUCAGGAGAAAAAUGUGUGAAAUGAUAGGAGUAGACACUAUGGAUGCAAGCAGGGGCUUGUGUGUGCAUUGGGCUUGCCCUCUUGGAAUGCUGCCACCAUAUGAAGAAAUCUGGACACAAGUUACCAAGCUGACAGCCAGCACCAGCUGCCAACACCACUUGAGGCCAAAUAUUACAAGAAAAAGAGACACCAGAUCUGAAAGCCUAGAAAUCCCAAUCAAUGUGGUUCUACCUCAGGUCUCCUAAGCAGCUGUUUCCUCGGUGGGGUUCUCCUGACUGGAUUGUUUCUCCUGCGGCUAUGUCACAAAGGGGGCAGCCUUGCUUCUCCAGAGUCACCUAAGGCCCUGUUGGAAGAUCAUGGCUGUGCAACCAGAGGGGCUGAAAUGUAGGCUGGAGGGACCCAAUGCAGAGAGGGGCACAGCCGAGCCUUUCCUGAGGCUCCACAACUUGUACCCCACCCCGCGCUGCGCCCGGCAGGCCGCCCUGCCCCGGCUGAGCCGCCGAGUGGUCAGCCAGCACUCGUACCCGCUGAAUCGCUUCUCCUCGGUGCCCUUGGACCCCAUGGAGCGCCCCACCUCCCAGGCCGACCUGGAGCUGGAUUACAACCCUCCGCGAGUACAGCUCAGCGAUGAGAUGUUUGUCUUCCAGGACGGGCGGUGGGUGAACGAAAACUGCCGCCUCCAGUCCCCCUACUUCUCUCCGUCCUCCUCCUUCCACCAUAAGCUGCACCACAAGAGACUGGCCAAGGAGUACCUGCUGCAGGAGGAGAACAAGGCGCUGCGGGAGGAGAACAAGGCGCUGCGGGAGGAGAACAAGACUCUCCGCAAGGAGAACAAGAUCCUGCAGGUGUUCUGGGAGGAACACAAGGCUACACUCGGCCGGGACGAGAGCAGGGCCUCCUCACCACUGCUGCACAAGGACAACGUGGCCCUGGAGGUGGUGAAGAAGGACACGGCCUUGCAAAUGCACCGCAGCAAGGAGAACAGCACCCUUCAGCUGCUCAGGGAGGAGAACAGGGCCCUGCAGCUGCUGCUGGAGCAGAGGAAGGCCUACUGGGUCCAGACGGAGGAGAAGGCGGGCCCCGGGGGGGAGACCAAGCCCGCCCCCUCGCCCCACGAGGAGCCCCACGUCCCAGGGCUGUUGCCAGACCAGAGCACCGGCCUCUCCUCCCCUUUCGAGGAGUCCAAGGGGACCCCGAUCCCCCAGGAGGACUCCAAGACGCUCCGGGUCCUGCGCCAGAUGGUCAGCAACCUGUCCGGCUCUUCCGGGGACGAGGAGGUCAAGGCCGGCUCCAGCCCGCCUGAUGGGAGCCAGUCCCUGGAGCUGCUGAGAGAGAUGAACCAGGCGCUGCAGGCCCUGCGGGAGGAGAACCAGAGCCUGCAGCUCCUCCGCGAGGAGAACCGGCUCCUGCAGGAGGAGAACAGGGCCCUGCACGUGCUUCGCGAGGAGCACAGGAUCUUCCAGGAGGAGAACAAGGCCCUGUGGGAGAACAACAAGCUGAAGCUGCAGCAGAAGCUGGUCAUCGACACGGUGACCGAGGUCACCGCCCGGAUGGAGAUGCUCAUUGAGGAGCUCUACGCCUUCAUGCCCUCCAAGAGCAAGGACCCCAAGAAGCCCAGCAGGGUCUGAGGCCUCCGAGGAGCCCUGGGCACGGAGCGCUCGGCCAAAGAAGACCUCCUGCCUUCCGUCUGUCUUCCUCACCGCCAGCUGCCCGCUCCUGCCCGCUGAGGAGCAGAAUCACCACCUUUCCUAAACUCACAGAAGUAAUAAAGGCACGAGGAGGCUGGGGCCAGUUC